CCGGUCUGCUGCACCCUGCACGGUGUGUUCUUCACACCGCUGCCCGCUGCACCUCCCUGCUCACACUGCGACCCCGGCCACCGCUAUGCACUGCCGCACCUACCAGCCGUCACACCGCUCCCUGCGUCCUGCAUCGAAAGUUCACCCAAUCGCCGCAAGCUGCAGAAGAUUCCGACUUCAGUCAGGCUUGAGCAGAUAUUUUACUAUGUCCAAGGUCUGUCCUGAAGGCCCGAGCAAACAUCUCCUUUAGUGCUCCGUUUUAUUUUCCAUUGAUUGCUCAGUUGUAAAGAAGGGGUGUUUUGAUUGCUAAAGUAAUGGAGCCUGCAACCAUGGUGGUUGAAAAACUUAAAGCUGUUGCUCAAUCGACUAAAGACUUUGCUUCUAACAUUCUCAACUUGAGCCAGAAUUCCAACCGCCGGCGCAAUCCGAUCGAAAUAUUGAAGAGACUACAACGGGAAACAUUUUCAGAUAUCAUGAAGCUAAGGGACAGACAAGAGAAGGCGGAACGGUUGCUUUCCUUUUAUAAAACCACCAAAGCGGGUCCCUUCCAAGAAGGUGGCACUUUGGUCAAGGGAGAGGUUGACAUGCUAGGGGCAUUGGUGAUGACGAACACAAUUGAUCAACCAACAUGUGAUGCAAUUCAAAGGGCUGGGAUUAAGAAUGGGAUUGAAUCUAGGAUUUGUUUUGAAAGAAGCAUUGGUGAGAGAGAUAAAAUUGUGACAGAGUUUGUUGGGGGUGAUAGAGGCAGGGAAGAUGCAUUGUGGGCUCCACUUUCUCUGGCUAAAGUUCUUUAUUGCGCCAAUAUGAGCAAAUGGUUCUCUGCCGUGGCUAUUCCGGUGGGUGCUAGGUGUAGGGAUUUCAGUGAUGGUACAAGUUUUCCUCACGAGGAAAAGGCCCUUACAGAUUAUUCAGCAGUAGGACCACCCAUGUUGAAUCAUGUAAAUGGUAGUGCGGUUGGCAUAAUGGUAAGGAAAUCAAAUUUUGUGGCCUCAUUAGCUCAGUUCAUCUCUGUUGUAGGACAAUCAUCACCAUCAACAACCCUUCCUACAACUCUCACUUCUUUCAGCACUUCUGGCCAAAUCGUUUACCAACUUUCCACAAGUACAAAGCUAAGCCUUAUUGGCAUACAAAAAGUGCUGAAAGGUUCAAACCAGCAACCCAGACUUGGAUCCAUGAUCUUUCCUGUUGAGUUUUGGAGGCAAAAUGGACAAUCUUUAGAGGAAGACGGUGACACAAAUGGAUCUAUGGCUUUUAUGAUGGAGUCACGUCUUGACGAGAGUACAAGAAUAGGAGGUUGGGUUGAGAUGGAAAAAAAAUCACAGCCAAGAAAUGUGAAAUGGGCUGUUUCCAUGUCUGAUACCCCUGAGGAUGGUUUAGGGUGGGGUUUGAGUUUGAGUGGGUUGACCCAAAGUCCAAGAAGCAACUGGGAGCAUUUUCAGGUGGAAGCAUGCCUUAAUUUUAACUUGGGGAAGAAGUGUAGAUUGCAGCCUGCUAUUCUUUAUGUGAGGGAUGGCGAUGUCCAAUUCCCAUCUCUUAUGUUUCGGUCAAGCUUUAGCCUCUAGGAGUUUUUUUCUUCAUAUGAAAUAGAAUCUUGGGUUAUUGCUUAAUGCUUAUUCUAUAUGUGUCUACCCACUUGUUUUUUUAUAGAGAAAAGAGUCAAAUGAAAUUGUCACAUAAAGUCAUGUACUCAAUAAAAUGUAAUAUAAAUACGUCUACUUAUAAAAAAUAAUCAUAUGAGUCUUAACCACCUGUUGGCUGUUGACAACCUCGUAAUCCCGGUUUUAGCGUACAUCUGACUAUCUUUUUAAAAUAGAUUUAAGGCUAACGUGAAAUAUUGAUCAGAAUUGGCUUAAAUACAAGGUAAACAUAACGGCACGUAAGCUAAAAUAGAUAUUAAGAGGUUAUCAACGAGUCACUUUGACUCUUUCGAUUGUUUUUUAUAAGUAGACGUAUUUAUAUGAUACUUUAUUGAGUACAUGCCCUUAUGUGACGAUUCCUAAUAAUAUUAUACCGUAUUUGAUCGUUUUCUCUCUUUUUUUAUAUUAUCAUUCUCUAUGAUUGU